AAGCGUCACAGCUCGUGUUGAGUGGCGCCGAGCAGAACGCUGCCGCGCUGCAGGGGCUCGCGCACAUCUCGCCCAUCAUCACGAGAUAUGCGAAAGUGGAGGAGAUAUACAUGGAGCAACGACGGAAGAAUGAUGCGGUCACUUUCGAAAAAGACUUCAGGGCGCAGGUUGUCAAACUCUACGUCGGUAUUUUGGUAUAUCAGGGGACGAUCAUCGCGCACAGUAAGCGGCACCGUAUUGUCCAGUAUGCGAGAGCAGUUCCAAAGGUUGAUGACUGGAGCACGUUAUUGCAAGAUAUCAUGGACGCGGAUGCAGAGUGUAGGAAGUUUACUCGCAUUUUCGAUUCGGAAGAACACAGGGUCCGGCACUGGGAGCUCAAGGACAUCUUGGACCAACAGGACCAGCAAAUGGAAAUGUUAUCUCGUCAAAUUGGCGAUAUACACGUGCAAAGUGAAGCACUAUUCAGCCAUGCUGAUUGGCGUGAGAAUACGGAAAUCCUUGAUUGGGUCUCAACUACCUUGCCCGGCGACGACCAUACCCGAAUCCUAGAGCAUGGGAAGCUGAACAGCGACUACGCCAAUUCAGGAGAAUGGCUCUUUUCCCGACCGGAGUUUCAGUCGUGGAGUAGCGCCGAUGACGACAGCCAGCCAGUACUCUGGUUGCCUGGACCAGUCGGCACAGGCAAGAGUUCCUUGAUGUAAGCUGGCCUGGUCUCCGUUUUAGACGAAGCUGGAAUCUAAUUGGAGACUUCCAAAGGUGCCUUGUUAUUGAACAAUGUCGAAAACGAUUCCUGCCCGUUGGCAAGGAAGCUCAUCGACUCGCAUUCUUCUACUUUUCGAGAAAACAGGGGACAGAGGAAGCAAACAGUCCGAAGACUCUGCUCCGGAGCCUUCUGCGUCAACUAGCUUGGUCACCAACCAAUCGCUCAAUCUCACCCGUCGUCAAAGAGAAAUACCGACAAUGGCAGCAAAAUCAGGGCUAUGGGGGUUAUCGGCUGCGUACAGAUGACUGUACAAAGCUGAUAACGCAGCUCAUCUCAUCCCAGGAUCAUACAAAGAUCAUCAUCGAUGCUUUGGAUGAAUGUUCCGACUAUGACGAGCUCCUGUC